AUGACAGCGGAACUGAUAGCAAUCGACCAAGCCACGCAGAUGAUACUACAAGCUGAUCUGCAUAAUACGGUGAUCUACACGGACUCAAGAUCUUCAUGUGUAACACUACAAAAUGGAUUGAAUUCACUGUACCGAGACAAAAUUAGCGAAAACAUUUUGGAACGAUGCACCCGCAACAGGAUAUCUAUCCAAUGGGUACCAAGCCACGUUGGGAUAAAGGGCAACGAGAUAGCAGAUUUCUUAGCAAACGAAGGUAUUAGAGCUGAAGAGCUGCAUAAUCCAAUAUUGUUGAAAGACGCCAUUCUGUGGUUUAAAAAUGAUGCUGAAAAGAAAACAAAUACAUGGUACGUGGAUUAUUCUCAAGAGAAAGGUAAAAAGUUUUUCGAAGUGCAACAAGUUUUCCUACCGAGGCCGUGGUUCUACAACGUUGAGCUAAAUAACAACCAAACCAGGACUAUGAAUAGAAUUAUGGCAGGACACGAUUACAGCCGGUUUUGGCUACACAAAAUGCGAUUGAACGACGACGGCGACUGCGAUAUAUGCCAGGAACCAGAGACAGCAGAACACUUGAUAUUACUAUGUCCGAAAUACAACAACAUCAGAGCUCAAUUUUCGUUUGAUGGAUACUUUCUGAAUAUAACUGACUUGCUAAAAACUAGGGAUGUAACACUGUACAAAGAAAUUACGAACUACCUGAAAACAUGCAAAUUGCAAAUCUGA